UCAAAGAAACAGCCAGGCAAACUUCCUUUCUCUGUAGGAAUAAUUAUCAUCCCCCUUCACCAUGGCCCACCUGGGAGCCCAUUUUGCCUUUAGAUCCUGCUGGCAGAAGACCGAUGAUGAACUCUGUCGACACAGCAUGUCCUUUAUCCUUCACAAAGCCAUUCGCAGUGACUUCUUUCAGAGUUAUCUCUACCUGCUGGAAAAAAUUCCCCUGGUGAAAUUGUAUGCGUUAACAAGUCAAGUCAAUGGUGAGAUGCAGGUCUAUGCCAGAGCUAAACUUUUCUACCAAGAAGUACCCGCUACAGAAGAGGGUAUGAUGGGAAAUUUCACUGAACUGUCUAACCCAGAUAUCCGGGCUUCUCAGGAAUUUCUUAGGAAAUUUGCUGGGGGCCCUGGGAGAGCUGGGACAGACUGCGCCUUGGAUUGCGGCUCUGGGAUAGGAAGGGUCAGCAAGCAUGUCUUGUUGCCGGUUUUCAACAGCAUGGAACUGGUGGACAUGACAGAAUCGUUCCUCCUGGAAGCCCAGAACUACCUGCAGGUCAAUGGGGACAAGGUAGAAAGCUACCACUGCCACAGCCUGCAGGAAUUUACACCCCCAUUGGGCAGAUAUGAUGUCAUCUGGAUUCAGUGGAUCUCUGGGUACCUGACUGAUAAAGACGUUCUUGCAUUUCUUUCCUGGUGUGGAGCUGGCCUGAAAGAAAAUGGUGUCAUCAUACUGAAGGACAAUGUGGCCUGCGAGUGCUGUCUCUUCGAUCUCUCUGACAGCAGUGUGACUCGGGACAUGGACAUCCUCUGGAGCCUCAUUAGGAAGAGUGGGCUGGUGGUGCUGGGCCAGGAGAAGCAGGACGGCUUUCCAGAGCAGUGCAUCCCGGUGUGGAUAUUUGCAUUGCACAGUGAUGGACACUUCUGACCGGCAGUGGGAAUGUAGGGCUGGACUG